CGACUGUGCUCUUCAUGCUGGUACAGGUUGAAUGCACGGUGGUGGUAAAGUAACUCUAGCAAGCAUUGAGGGUAAACGUAGAGAACUUUAAGUUUGAUAGGACAAGUCAGCGUAGACGGUAUUCCUAAUGUAUCUGCAACGUUUCACUUUUGGAAUUGCAAAUAGUUUAAAAGUUGUUUAAACUAUUACCACGGGGGAUGUUUUUUUAUUACCAGAAUGGAGUUGGUUCGCGUCUCCUGCAUUGUUCUACGGUGGAAAGAAUUGUGGAGUACAUGAACCCCUAGAAGAAUCCGACGCACUUUGUUUUUUAUUUAUUUAUGUGGACGCACUUUCAGUUGCAAACAGUUUGAACUCUUUUAAGUGUGUGUUAUUCAUCUCAAAAUGGAUAUUACAGUGUCUGAACUGAUGAGUAACUUCAUGGAUUCGCCGCUUGUGGUUUGGGUUAAAACUUUUGGACCUCUUGGGUUCAGUUCAGAAGACAAGCUCUCCAUGUUCAUGGAUUUAGUGGAUGGUGUUUUCCUCCAUAAGAUAAUGACACACAUAGACCCAAGCCCCAUGAAUCAGCGAGUGAACAAACAAGUCAACAAUGAUGUUAACCUGAGAAUACAGAACCUCAAUACUGUCAUCCGACACAUUAAAAAUUACUACCAGGAGCAUCUUCAGCAGCUCAUCGUUAUGAACCUGCCCAAUGUGUUGGCCAUCGCCAAGGACCCUUUAUCAGGUAAAAGCAUGGAGGAGAUGAAACGAAUGCUGUUGCUGAUACUGGGCUGCGCUGUUCAGUGUGAUCGCAAAGAAGAAAUCAUUGAGAAGAUCAAGCUGCUUGAUAUUGAGACACAGGCUGCAAUUGUGACGCAUAUUCAAGAGGUAACGCACAAUCAGGAGAAUGUUCUGGACCUGCAGUGGAUGGAGGUUGCAGAGAUCCCUGCUGAGCAGUUGGAUCCUCUGUCUCGAACCAUGGCCUUUCACUUACGCAAACUCAUAGAUGAGCGAGAUGAGUCUGCUGAGCUGGUCAUAGAGUUGACCCAGGAGAGGGACUAUCUUCAGUCUCAGCAGCCUUCAGGUCUUUUGGGCUUUCCUAGCCCUGAGCGCACGUCCCUUUCUCCCAUCACCCUGCUGUCUAAAGAAGAUCGUCAGCAUUUAGCCGUGGAGCUGGCUGACACAAAGGCCAAACUGCGGCGCUCCCGGCAGGAAUUGGAAGAGAAGACUGAGCAGUUAAUUGAUGCCAAGAAUGAGAUCGAGCGCUUGGAUUCUGAUAUUCAGAAGCUCAAACAGGAGAACACACAGUUGCUGGCAGAGGCACGUUCAGUGCGAGCAUACCGGGAUGAGGUUGAUUCUCUAAGGGAGCGUGCUGGAAAAGUGGAUCGCUUGGAAACCGAACUGUCUCGCUUCAAAGAGAAGCUAAAUGAUGUCCAUUUCUACAAGACGCGCAUAGAGGAGCUAAGAGAGGACAAUUUGACUCUGCUGGAGACAAAGUCCAUGCUGGAAGAGCAGCUUACUGGAGCCAGAGGGCGCUGUGACAAACUACACGAACUGGAGAAAGAGAACCUUCAGCUGCGCUCCAAACUGCAUGAUAUAGAAAUUGACAGGGACAGUGAUAAGAAACGUCUGGAAGAGCUGCUGGAGGAGAACAUGUUGCUGGAGAUCUCUCAGAAACAAAGUAUGAACGAGUCUGCUCACCUUGGCUGGGAACUGGAGCAACUAGCCAAGAACAAUGAGGUCAAUGAAGCCCGUAAGUCAUUUGUGUUUGAGCUGAACGAGUCCGCAUCCAGCCGACUGUUGAAGCUUGAGAAGGAAAACCAGUGCCUUCAGAGCACCAUUCAGGAACUGAGAGAGGCCUCCAUCAACAUGGAGGAAGGUCAGCUGCAUUCACUGGAGCUGGAGAAAGAGAACCAAAGCCUCAGCAAGAAGUUGGAGCGUCUGCAGUCCCAGUUGGACCAGGAGAAACAGACAACUCAGGACAUGGAGAACCUUGGAGAGGAGCUAAUAAAAGAGAAACAGAGAAUGGAGAAAACUUUGGAGACAAUCCAGGCAGAGAAAGAUAGACAGAUCUCAGAGUUGGAACAGGAGAAGGAGCACCUGACCCAGGCCGUGAGCUCCCUCCGGAAGCGGGCUCAGGCAAACAGCGAGGCCCGAGUGAGGGAGGUGGAAACAGAAAACCGCAUUCUGCAUCAGACUAUCUCUGAAACGGGUGGUAAACUAGCUCGUCUGGAAGCUGAGAAACGUCAAGUGACUAAAGAGCUGGAAUCUCUCCGCGAAAGAGGAGAGCGAUGCGAGGAGUUGGAAAGGGAAGUUCCUCGUCUAGAGAGAGUCCGGGAGCAGCUACAACGGGAAGCAGCAGCCUUGAAGAUCGGAAGCGAGCGUGCCGAAGCCUUGGAGCGGGAGAAUGCCACUCUGGAGCAAGACAAUCGCAGACUCAAGAAGUUGGCCGACACUGCACAGAAUGCCACCCUGCGUCUGGCUGUUUUAGAGAAGGAUCACCAGCAACUUGAGGAGGAGAACUUGGAGCAGCGUCGUGCAUUGGAGACCCUCCGUCCAGCAGCUGCACGCUUGGCUCAAUUACAGCAGGAACAUGCAGAGCUGGAGCGAGAACACGAGGAGAUGUGCCGCACGAUGGAAGAGCUGCGUUCUCAGGCUAAGAGGAGUGAAAGACUAGAGAAGAGCUGUGGAAGCCUGAGUCUAGAGAACCAACGGCUGCAACAGACUCUGGAGAACAGCUCCACCAAAAUGCAAGGUCUAGAAAGUGAACUGAGGCAGAAUGAGGCAGAAAUGAAGGAUCUGCAGCGAGAAUUAGAGGGUUUGAGGCAGAAGGUGACGUGGGCUGAAACGUUGGAGAAGGAGAAUCGAGGAAUGGAGCAGGAAUUGAGCCAGCUAGAGAAGGAGAAAAAGCAGCUGGAGAAGGAGGCGCGGAGGUUCAGGCAGCAGUUGGAGGUGAAGGAGGCGGCGCUGGAAGAGAAUUGUCUUAGGCUAGCCAGCAUGGAGAAGGAAGGCACAGCUCUCAGUAAAGAGUUAGGCCGAGUUAAAGAGGCUGCAGGAAGACUCAAAGAGUUGGAGAGAGAGAACAAAGACCUGCAGAAACAGGCCACCAUGGAUAAGAAGACUCUUGCCACACUUAGAGAGGAGCUGGUGAAUGAAAAGCUGAGGGUGCAGCAGCAGUGUAAUGAACUGGAGAAGCUGAGUCACGAGCUGGAGAAGAUCGGCCUAAACAGAGAAAAACUCCUGCAGGAAGAGCACAGCUGUGAAGACAAAUGUAGCAGUAAAUAUAAGAUCCUGGAGACCAAGAUCGAGUCAGCACUGAAGAAAACUCUGGAGCUCAGAGAAGAGAAGAUCCAGAGCCUGGAGUCUCGGCUGGAGGAGAGCAGCAGCUUAAACCAGCAACUACGCACCGAACUCACCACUGUAAAGAAGAAUCUGGAAGCCCUCAAGCAAAGGCAUGAAGAAGAAGCAGCCCAUUCUGAGAUCUCCCAGCAGACUUUGGGACAGACUAGAUCACUCCCAGAUAAAGAGAAGUGGGAGAUGGAGCAGAGGGAGGCCACGGCUGAACUGCUCAAGCUCAAAGACAGACUGAUCGAUGUUGAGAAGAAUAAUGCUGCUCUACAGACAGAGAAAUAUCUUCUGAAGGAUCAGUUGAAGCAAAUUGAUUCUCAAAACGCACAGCUCAACGCACAAACACUAGCGCUGCAGAAACAGGCAGCAUCCCUACAAGAACACAACACGUCUCUCCAUAAAGAAACAGCUAAACUCCAGGUGGAAAACUCGACUCUAAGCUCUCAGAGCUCCUCUCUCAUGGCUCAGUAUGGAGCUUUACAGGCUCAGCUGCAGACUCUGGAGUCGGAGGCCGAGUCUCUGCAGAAACAGCGAGAGGAGGCGAGUGCGGCCCGUGAUCGAGUCACACAGGACCAUGAGCGUCUGUUAGGUGUGCAUGAACGCCAGGCGUCCGAGUACGAGCAGCUCAUUGCUCAACAUGCAGCACUAAAGGCCAGCCAGAGAGCUCUGGAGCAAGAAAACCGCACACUGGAGAACAAGUAUAUGGUUCUUCUGAAGCAGAAGGACGCUAUGGAGGCACUGGAGGAAUCUUUGCAAAGGGACAGAGAAAGUCUAGGAGAGGAAAUUCGCAAAAACACACUUAUCCUGGGAGAGAAUCGCAGUCUGAGGGAAGAAGUAGACAGAGUGUCACACAUGCACACACAGCUGAGGCAAGAGUACGACAGCCUGCAACUGCAGACCAAAGAGCUGAAGACCUCUCUGAAUGAGUCUCAGCUGGAGCUGAACCGCUGGCAGGCACGCUAUGACCAGCUGAAAGAGCAGCACCAGGGCCUGGACAUCUCCAUGACCAAACUGGACAACCACUGUGAGUUGCUAACCCGUUUGAAAGGAAACCUGGAGGAGGAAAACCAUCAUCUUCUCAGCCAAAUCCAGAUGCUCAGCCAGCAAAACCAGACCCUGCUGGAGAGAACAAUGGAGAGUAAAGAACUUUACCACGAGGAGCAAAAACAGUACAUUGAUAAGCUGAAUUCAUUACGACGACAGAAAGAAAAACUCGAGGAGAAGAUCAUGGACCAGUACAAGUUUUAUGACCCAACUCCUAAAAAGAGUCGUCAGUGGGUUGGAGCCAAAGCUAUAGCAAAAUUCAUUAAACCCAAGAAAGAAAGUUCACGAGAGAGACCAGACGCUCCACGAGAAAGAAUUAGAAGUGCUCCAGACAUUCCUCUUCCGGAGAUCCCCACAUGUAUAGACUGUCCUGAAAGUGCACCACCUCCUCCCCCUCCACCACUGCCUCCCAGACAGUCCCGUCCUAGUCUGGACUCCAUGAACAGUCAGUCUGUGGAGGAGAAUCACGUACAGUCACCAACCCUCUCUUCUCCUGCCCUCAACGGCCGAGUGUUGAAUGAAAGUGGAGGAUCAAGAAGCAGAGACGGGUACCGCUCAAUAGGAGGCGGCAGUGAGAGCAUGAAUGGGUACGAGGAGCUGCUUCGCUGGAGGAGCCGAGAGCCAGGAGGAGCAACCUGUUCAACUCCACUAAGCCGCAACUCCCACAAUGCACCAGGCUUCACGUCCUCCUCCAGCUUGCGGCCAGGACGCAGGCCAAAGGGGCUGGUCUCAGAGGAAGACUUGCGCCAUCAUUCUCCAGAUGCUGGGUUUGGCAGUGGUGUCCAUGGAAACACAGGACACAGGCCCAGUUCUGCCGAAUUCAGCCGCAACACCUCCAGCAGCAACUCCCCUGUCAGCUCUAAAGGGUCUCUGGAUUGUCUGCAGGGCCGAUCUGCCAGUCUGUCCAGUGAUGAUGUGGUUGGACUGGCUCACGAAGGCUCUCGUCUCAGUCAGUCGUCUCUUCUUCCUCGUAGCUCCACUCUUCCCUGUGAUUCCCCGUCUGCUUCACGCCCCUCCCAGAGGCCUGCGUCCCGCCGGCCGUCCUCUCCGGGCAGUGAGAUGGUCACUCUGGAGGAGUUCCUGCAGGAGAGUAAUGCCCUCUCACCACCCACUGUGCAGACCGGCAGUCGAGAGGACCUGAUGACUGAUUAUUUCACUAGAUCUACUCGACCCGUUCCUCUUCGAGAUGGUGCUAAAACCCCCACCAAUUAUGUUACGCCCACUGUCAAGACCACACCACCAGAACUAGACGCUCGGACCCCCAAACCAGGACACAGCGUCAAACCAAGUGUUCGCCUUACAGACACCUCCACACCACCUUCGCACUCUCAAACCCUUCCCAACAGAGGAGCGGGACUGCGACCCUCAGCACUGCAGCAGUCCAGUCCUCGCGGAAGUGUGGGUGGCAGUGCCAGCCUGAGCCGCACAUUCAGUCUGGCCUCUGCAGACCUGCUCCGCUCCAACGGACCCGACAGCUACCGCACAGAAGCAGCUUCUCCCAACCAAAACGAUGUGGUGAUGAGGAGACCUGGUGCAGUUGCUAGAGAAAGACCAAUGUCUGCUAGAGUGACAGGAUCCUCGCCAUUGCCUGGAGAUCCAGGGCACAUUUCUGUGGACCCCCGUCGUCUGUCUCUUGCUCAACCGAGAGAUGAGUUUUCCCUGGUCAGUCCUCCUCCACUUCACUCUUCCUCCAUGUCUCUACAAGCUGAACGGGAGUAUGUCGGGAGUGGUAGUAGCCGAGCAGGAGCAGCUCGUUCUGGGUCUGCCCAACCCCGAGGAGCUCCCCACCGUGGUGAAGUGGCCAUGGUGACUCCAGUGCGAGCUGUACCAGCUUUGAGGCUGAACGAUUUGGAGGAGGAACCUCAAGAGCAAAGGGAGGCAGAGUCUCCUCUACUGAAGAAGGCAGACACGACAAACUUAAGCUAUGCCUCCAAGGAGCAGCCCACCAGCAAACCUGCAUCUCCAGACCCCAACAAUGACCCUCAGACUGUGUGGUAUGAAUAUGGCUGCGUGUAGAACCUCAGCCUUGGCUCAGAAACGCAUGUGAUGUAUGAAACUGCACUGUAAACAGGGAGAUCCAGUCAAUCUGGAAGACAGAUCAAAUCUUUUCUUUCUCCAGGUGCAUCAAAGGCACCAGGUUGCACACCUGUAAACGAAUGUACGGGGCACUUGAAUGUAUUUUCUCCCUUUGUAUCCAAUCGAACGCCAUUGAUUUCUACCGCUCUCUGCAGCUCCAUGGCAGGCCAGUCCAUGUUCUAUUCUGAAUGUGGAAAACAAACGUUGGGCUGUGUGUGAGGAGCCACUCCCAGCGUAAUUACUGAGUACAGACUUGCAUCCAUCUUUAGGAGGCACAGGACAGUUGCAGGUCCAUCACCAAGACAGCCUCACAGGGACCCAUUACGGGAAGCGGACUCUCUCUCACUCGCUCCCUGCUGACAUACCAAACAAUCUGCUCUUUUCUGCUUCUUGUGGGUGACCAUGGGUUUGUUGUAGGACCUGGGUUUGGCUCAGGCUCUGUUCAGAAGCACGCAAUAAGGCUGCGUAGCCAGAAAGAGAAGACGGUUGGGCAUAAGGAUAAGAAGCACCUACCUUGUGAUUAUAAGCUGGAAGAAUGUCUCGGGAAGGGGUUUUCAGGUGGAAUCUGGACACAUUGCCCAGUUUCACUUCUGCAUUUAGGGUUGUGCUAAAUUGAAGCUCCAUUUGUUUGUUUGUUUUCUGACACGUUCAUUUUAUAACACUGCACAGCUGUUCUAAUGGCCUGAUGUUCUGCUUAAGGUUUAUUUAUUAACGUCUUUGAGGCAAUUAAAUAACACUUGUUUGUGGGUUGUUUUAAUGUGUGCAUAUAUAUAUAUAUGUGUGUGUUUGCCUAAUGUUUUGAGUAAUGGAGUAGUUUGAUUCAAACCCCCGCCCCGAUCAUGUCCCUAAUGCUGUGUGUAUGUCCUUUGUUACCUGGCAGUGGUGCUUUUCUGCCAUCUCAAGUCAACAACUCAUGGUCUGAUCACCAAAGAUGGCAGAUCUUCAUCUAGAAUAAUAUAUUUAGAUCAAGCGUUCACACUGGGUGUGUAAAUAUAAAGAGUGUCUCCUUUUGGAAUGUGCACAACUACUGCUUAGCUGGUUUUAGAUAUACAACUGAUUUUUAUAUACACUAUUGCACAUGAACAUAGAUCAUUACCUGUAAGAUAUGGUGUGUCGAGUAGAUUACAAACUUUUUACACUUUAUAAAGUUUGUGAAUGAUAGAUGCCUGUUUAGAGAAAGCUGAUGUCCAAAACCCGAAAUCUUUGUAAUAAAGCUUUUUAAAUAUAUAAAUAAAUGAUUUCUGAAGUUGCA